AUGGAAGGUUCACUUGACAUUCCCGUGAACGGAGGACUGGGAGCCAAACCGACAACAACAACUACGGUUUCAGGAAAUGACAAUAGUAUGUCGAGCUUCGUCGCAGAAGACACAGUCCGAAGAGAUGAGUAUCCGACAGGUAUCAAACUCCUCUUGAUCAUUACAGCGCUAUGUCUUGCCAUAUUUCUGACUUCGCUGGAUAUGACCAUUGUAUCAACGGCAAUCCCAAAAAUCACAGACGAAUUCCACGGCAUCGAAUCCAUAGGCUGGAUUGGGAGUUCGUUUUUCCUUACUCUGGCAUGCUUCCAAUCGGCUUGGGGAAAGGCCUACAAAUACUUUUCGUUGAAGUGGACGUACCUUACUUCCAUUAUCAUUUUUGAGCUUGGAAGUUUGAUAUGUGCCGUUGCCCAAAAUAGCACAACCUUGAUAGUGGGGCGUGCCAUUGCCGGUCUGGGUGGAGGAGGAAUUCUUUCUGGCUCGUUCACCCUUGUUGCCUUUACCGCCGUUCCUGAAAAAAGAGCCGCAUACACUGGGUUUGCAGGAGCUGCGUGGGGUGUGGCAAGUGUUGUAGGUCCAUUAGUUGGAGGUCAAUUUACGACGCAUGUCUCAUGGCGAUGGUGCUUUUAUAUCAACCUCCCCAUAGGUGGAGUUUCCGCAGUCGUCAUUACGCUUUUCUUCAAACCUCCGCAGGCAGCAAAGCCGACAAAAGCUACAUUCCGCGAAAAGCUUAUCAAUAUGGAUAUACUCGGUAUUUUCACAAUCAUGUGCUCCGUUAUAUGCUACCUUCUCGCUCUAGAGAAAGCCGGAAUAUCGUCUCCAUGGAACUCAGCCAGAACUAUUGGCUUACUUGUAGGCUCUAUCGUCCUCUUUUUAGUCUUCAUAGGUAUCCAGAUUUGGCUCAAGGAAAGUGCCAUGUUGGUAAACCGAUUAUUGAAAGACCGUACUAUCUAUGGCGGCAUGGCUUUUAUAUUUUUUCUAGCCUCUUCCUCUUGGAUUUUCGUGUACUACAUCCCGAUCUACUUUCAGACAAUUGAUAAUGUCUCAGCCGGGAACUCUGGCAUCCGGACCAUUCCUCUCGUUGUUGGAAUAACCAUUGGUACGAUCAUUUCGGGAGGCGUUAUCUCUGCUAUAGGCCAGCAUAUAUUAUUCAUGAUUCUUUGCGGCGCCCUGAGUCUUGCCGGAGCCGCCCUUCUUUAUACCCUUGAUAUUGGUACCGGAAGUUCCAAGUGGAUUGGGUACCAGGCCCUCGCCGGUCUAGGUUAUGGAUUCGGCAUCCAAGUCCCCACAAUCGCUGCACAAGCUCUGAUGGGUCCUGAAGACAUCUCCUCUGCAACAGCUAUGAUUCUCUUUGCUCAGACACUGGGAGGUUCACUUUCCAUUUCUGCUGCCCAAUCCGCUUUUGCAAACACACUCAUCAAAUCUCUGGCUGUCAACACCCCUUCUAUACCACCAAUGCAAGUUGUCUCAGUCGGUGCUACGGAGCUUCGGAAACAUUUCACAGCUGAACAGCUACCGGGAAUUUUGAGAUCCUACAUGGAUGGGUUGAAGAAAGCUUAUGUAAUCGGAAUUGCAAUGGCAGCCAUGAUGUUUCUCGUUUCUUUUGGAAAUAAAUGGCACAAUCUAAAGGAGAUCAAUGCUGCUAAGGCUUUGAUGGAGAAGAAUGAGAAUGUAAAUAGGAUCACCGAUGAAGUGAAGAGCGCGCAGUAG